UUCAUUGUGCACACAGUGACAUCGCACACAAUGCACCUUGACCUGCGAGGAAGAGAGAUUGGCAGAGGAAACCUCUCUGGGCUGUGGCUGACACUAACCAGGACGGGUCAAUGCAGUGUAGAAAUCGUAAGGGUCUGGCAGUAGCAUGUCUAAUUGUUAUCUCUACCGUCUCUGGUUUAAUCGCACUUAUACUCAGCCUGGUGGACAUCCGAAACGUGUAUCAGCCGUCACCUGACAAGUUUGGUGUAGUGUUUGACGCUGGCUCAUCUCACACCUCACUCUACGUCUAUCAGUGGCCCGCACACAAGGAGAAUGACACGGGGAUUGUCUCUCAGAUCCACAUGUGUAACGUUCCAGAUUCAGGACUUUCUUCGUAUGCUGAUAAUCCAGCCCAGGCCGGAGAUGCGUUGAAGUCCUGCAUGGAUGAGGCUCUUUCUAUUAUCCCCGCACAACAACACAAGGAGACUACAGUGUUACUGGGAGCAACAGCGGGGAUGAGGUUACUGAAUCUGCAGAAUGAGACCAAAACUCAUCUCAUCCUUGACGCAGUGUCAAAAACUCUCAGGCUCUAUCCAGUGGAUUUCCAGGGAGCAAGGAUACUAAAUGGCAUGGAGGAAGGGUCAUUUGGCUGGAUCACUGUGAACUACCUUCUGGAUACCUUCAUACAGCAUUCAUACGUAAACAGCUGGAUACAUCCCCAGCAAGCCCAGCUGUUUGGAGCCAUGGACCUUGGAGGAGCUUCUACCCAAAUGACUUUUCAUCCAUUCGGGGACAUUGAAGACAAUAGCACGGAGAUGUUUUUCAGACUCUAUGGUUUUGAUUACACUAUUUACACACACAGCUACCUCUGCUAUGGCCAGGACCAGGCGCUGAAGAGACUCCUUGUAUACCUCAUAGAGAAUACGAGCAGCGGGAAUGUCAAGCAUCCUUGCUACCCAAAAGGAUACAAUGCAAUCGUCACCCUUUCCUCCGUCUACAAUAGUCCCUGUGUGUCAACAUCUCCAGGUCACAUGGGAGCCAACGUUACCGUGGAGGGUACAGGAGAUCCUUAUGUGUGUCAGAUGGCCAUAAAGAAUAUUUUCAACUUUUCUGCAUGUUCCUAUAAAUCAUGCUCUUUUAAUGGCAUCUACCAACCAUCUGUACAUGGAAAGUUCUAUGCUUUUUCUGCCUUCUAUUACACCUUCAAUUUCUUGAAUCUGACCUAUGGGCAGCCCUUGAGUAUCGCCAACAGUUCUGUCUGGAAUUAUUGCUCCCGCGAGUGGAAAGAGCUCAAUGCUAGUUUCCCCGGUGAGAACAAGAAACGACUGUCGGAGUACUGUACCUCAGCAAUGUACAUACUGACUCUGCUGGUGGAUGGGUACAACUUUACCAGCGAGUCGUGGAAUAACAUACGUUUUGCAAACCAGGCCGGCAAUGCGGACGUCGGAUGGACUCUGGGUUACAUGCUGAACAUGACAAAUAAGAUCCCGUCGGAAAGCCCCAGUUUUCUGAAGGCUCAUAUUUACAACCUCUGGGUGGCUGCCAUUUUCUUCAUUGUGCUGAGCGUGGCAGCGGGACUAGUGGCUGCUCCGCUACAUUGUUACUUCCGGAAUGCUUGCUCAGGCCAAGAGGGAUGGAAAUAAGGCCACAGUGCAGCCAUGAUGACGCACAGGAUAACCAUGACUAAAAAACUGGAAAUUAUUAAUUUAUAGUGCCUACCCUAAUUGUCCCACUGGUAACUUAUUUUUCUUUGUGUAUUUUGAUCUGUUCCAUUAAGACUUUUUACUUUAAAACUCACUGGAGAAAUUUCACGGGGAUGGACUGUGAUCUAAUGUUUAUGAUGAAAUAUUUCUGCCGAACAAGCUUUGGGAAAUAGGUAUUACCAAAACUCAGGUGGCUAUGACAACCACUUCAAAUAGUUAGCCAAUAUUAUACACAGGUGAUCUAAGGCAAUCUCCUAGCAGGGGGUACUCAGUAUGUAUCUUUUUGGGCACCUAAUGUCUCAUCCACCUCAUUUACACACAUCCUCUGGGGGAUGCACUGUAUGUACUGUACAUUGCAAGGAUUGUAACAAACUUUUUUGAAGAUUUCUACCUUCUGUUGUUCUAAAGAAAUAGCUGAUUGUAAGGGAGUGGUUUUAUGAUUAUCAAUCAGCUGCAGGGCUCUAAUGAGGAAAUUGGCAAGGUCUGCAUCCUUUCAAGCCCUGUACACACAAUCAG